GGAAGCGCCGGAGCCGCCGCCGCCGCCCCUCGGGGGCUGCGCGCCAUGAACGCCAACCGCACCGAGAGCGACUGGCAGGGGCUGGUGAGCGAGUACCUGAUAUGUAAAAGGAAGCUAGAAAGUAAGAAGGAAGCAUUGCUAAUCCUUUCCAAGGAACUGGACACAUGUCAACAGGAAAGAGACCAAUACAAGCUGAUGGCGAAUCAACUCCGAGAGAAACACCAAUCCCUGAAAAAGAAGUACCGGGAACUGAUUGAUGGGGACCCAUCUCUGCCUCCUGAAAAAAGGAAACAGGCCAAUCUUGCCCAGCUUCUGAGUGAUUCUCGGGAUCGAAAUAAGCGUCUGGGAGAAGAAAUCAAAGAACUUCAGCAGAGGCUGGGAGAAGUACAAGGAGACAAUAAGCUCCUCAGAAUGACGAUAGCCAAACAGCGGCUUGGGGAUGAGGAAGUCGGGGCCCGUCAUUUUGCACCUCACGAGCGGGAAGACCUCGUCCAGCAGUUGGAGAGAGCACGAGAACAAAUCGAGACUUUGCAACACGAUCUUCAAGCAGCCUUGGAUGAGCUUCAGGACAUAAAAGAAGAGCGUUCUUUUUACCAAGACAAAUCUGACAGAUUAAACCAGGAGCUGAAUCAUGUUCUCGGAGGACACAUCAACCGCAUUAUUGACGUCGAUGCUCUCUGCAUGGAGAACAGAUACCUUCACGAGCGAUUAAAGCAAAUUCAAGAAGAGGUCAACCUUCUAAAAUCAAACAUUGUGAAGUAUAAGAAUGCGUUAGAGAGAAGGAAAAAUUCCAAGACUAAUAGUAAGUCAAAUAGCAGCGCACUAACGGGAGUCCUCUCUGCAAAGCAAGUCCAAGAGUUGUUAUCAGAAGAUCAUGGAUGUAGCCUACCAGUCACACCACAGUCCAUUUCUGAUCUUAAAUCUUUGGCUACUGCUUUGCUGGAGACAAUCCACGAGAAGAACAUGGUCAUUCAGCAUCAGAGGCAAACCAACAAAAUUCUAGGUAAUCGUGUAGCAGAGCUGGAAAAAAAGUUGAGAACCUUAGAAGUCUCUGGUCUGUGGAGCCUUCCAGGUGGCAAAGAUACGAUCACAUUCAGUGAUGCUGCUCUUCCCGUCAUCCAAAGGUCUCAGUCACCCUUGUUAACUUUCACUGAUAAGCCGCAAGAGAAGAAAGGAGGCGAACAAGCAGGGGAACUGGAAGAAACGCGUGCCGUCGAAACAGAUUUGUCGUUCCCACCGAAAACGGACACAGCUUCUGACGAAUCGCACACCCACCAAAACAACUGUAACAAACCCAGUCAUUUUCAGCAGUCGGUACCCGGGUUUCCUUCUGACAAAGACAAUGCAGAUAGUGUCGGGAACGAGAUCAUUAAGCUGACAGAAGUACAGGCAGCUGCAGAAUUGGAAGAGAGCAGAGCACAAUGCCGGACCGAGAGCCAGACGGCAGGUCAGCCAGAGCUCAGCAGCUUCUCUGAAGGCGAGUCCCCCUCCUCCAGCCCUCCGCCCUCUGACUCCGCAGAGUCAGGCAACGCAGAUGAAAAUCAGUCUCUGGAAGAAGAGGACGGGAGCUCAGACAGCGACGCCGAGAACACAGGCAGCGAAAAGGAUGAAAACGGGGGCAGGUCUGCCGAUGACAGGAACUUUGAAGAACUCAUUCUUCCAAAUCCAGACUUGAGUUAUGUCCCAAAUGAUUCCCCUGAAGCUGUGAGAGAGAGUCCACUUGGGCAGGACUCAUUAUGAAUAGGUCAGCCGUCGUGCUGUUUGCGAAAGGGUUGUGUUCGCCAAAUCCUCAAACGUUCCCAGUUUCCUCCUUUUGGCUGCUGUAAAUAUUGAGGCCAAGCGGGUGUUAAGAUCAGAGCGGGUAUCCCAGGGUUUGUUUUAAAAGGUAUCCUGACUGACAUUCACAAUGGUAUGUUUAAUUUAAAAAAAUAGGUUAAUAUAAAAAUAGAACAGGAUUAAAACGAUGGCCUUCAGAAUUCCAGCCUCUGCUGUGUGCCAUGAUUAACAUUACAUAAUGAAGAAUAGCGAGAUUCGUUACUCCAUCAUUUUGUUUUUUUCCCAUGUCAGUUCUAUCUCCAUCUCUUUAGAAUAUAUAUUUUUGGCACAGUCCCUACUUGAAUGUAUCGUAAAGACUCGUGAGGAAGAGAGAGGUUAUUUAGUGUUCGUUAAACAGAGUUUGCGGCUUCAGACCAACACAGUCACCCACCUGGAUCUAUCUUUGUAGUGUUUGGUUAAGUUCAUGGAAUUGGAAAGGAUCCAAUAGAAAAACUCUGAUCAGCAAGUGUCUUGUUUCUGUAUUCGCCCCCCCCCGCACCCCGAACAGACACUAGUUAACACAAAACAAAAUGAUGGCCCGAUACAAC